ACAAAUUAUACAAGAACAAAUAUGACGCUACCACAGGCAAGCCCACUACGCGAAAUUGGAAAGACUGGUGUCAAGAUAUCUGCUAUCGGAUAUGGUGGUAUGAGCUUGGCUCCUGGUAUUUACGGCGAAACGGACGAUGAUUCCAGUGUUGAUUUGCUUAAAAAAGCUCUCGAUAUAGGCUGCAACUUCUGGGAUACAGCAGAUGUUUAUGGUCAGGGUCACAGUGAAAAAGUCAUUUCUCGAGUCCUCAAAGAUAGAAGAAAGGAUGUAUUCUUAGCUACCAAGUUUGGUAAUGAUUAUAGCAGCGGAACAUUCAGAGUCAAUGGUAAUCCAGAAUAUUUAAGAAGAUGCUGCGAUGCAUCACUUGAACGCUUGCAAACCGAUUAUAUCGAUCUUUUUUACAGUCACCGCAUCGAUCCGGAUACGCCAAUCGAAGUUACUGUCAGAGCUAUGGCGGAAUUGGUCAAGGAAGGCAAAGUCAAAUACCUUGGCCUGUCAGAGUGCUCAGCUACCACUCUCCGUCGUGCUCACAAGGUUCAUCCUAUCACUGCCGUCCAGGUGGAGUACAGCCCUUGGACACUUGACCAUGAACAGAACGAUUUAAUCAAAACUGCCCGAGAACUGGGUGUUUCCAUUGUCGCCUAUUCACCACUGGGCCGCGGUUUCUUGUCUGGCAAUAUUAAAUCGUUAAACGAUUUGGAUAAAGAUGAUCGACGCCGAAUCAUGCCACGUUUUCAAGGUGAGAAUUUUGCCAAAAAUCUCAAACUAGCGGACAAGAUUAAGGAGAUCGCUCAUAAGAAAGGAGUUACGGCAAGUCAACUCACGCUCGCAUGGGUGCUUGGUCAAGGAGAUGAUAUUUUCGUCAUUCCUGGUACUCGCAAGGAAAAAUAUCUACUGGAGAACAUGAGUGCUGGCGCCGUUGUAUUAUCGAAAGAAGAACUGGCUGAGGUGCGAGCUAUCGCUGAGUCAUUCGAUGUUUCAGGCGAGCGCUAUCAUCCAGAAAUGAUGAAGCAUCUUGGAAAUUGAAAGCGUUAGCUGCUGAUUGACAUCUAAACAAUAUAAAUACAUGAAUUUUUGUCAGGUCAA